AUGUCUACUUCCAACAACAACACCGAAUCCCAUGCCGCUUCUACUGGUGCUCCUGCAGCUAUCACUUGGUAUAAUGACCAUCAUCUUACCAGAAAUGAGUUGAAUCCCGACGGACUUUGUUCCAUUGAUGUCUUGAUGAAUUGGCUUACAACGCCUUCCAACUUCAGUGCAUGGAGAGGGGAAAGAGGAUCAAAGAUUACGAAGCCAACCUUGCUCACUUCCAUUUUGAAGGAAUUCAAAAAGUUGGGUAUCACCACCCGUGAUACUGCCGCAAUUCGAUCCAAGAUCAACCGUAUCAUCAAGGCUUAUAGAGUAGCCGAGACGUGGAGAAAUCAGACAGGUCAAGGCCUCCUUAACAGUGCCUCAAACGAUACGGAGCGUGCAGAACAAGAACAAACCAUCUUAGCUGUUUGCAAGAAGAAGUGCAAGGAAUACGAAGAGAUUGCGCCCUUCUUUUUCGACACUGCUGCAAGUGAGGCUCGUCCGUUCAAUGAAGAUGAAGAUUACGAAAAUGUUGAAAACAUUAUGUUCAACAAUAACACCAACGAUGAAGACGAGCUCGCGCCAAUUGAAAUGGUGAGUGUUGAUAAUGGAGAAGCUGCUGUUUCUGACUUGGAUGUACCAAGUGAUGCCUCUGUUGCCACCUCUGUUGCCACCUCUGUUGCCACCUCUGUUGCCACCUCUGUUUCCCCCUCUGUUUCUCCCUCUGUUUCUCCCUCUGUUUCUCCCUCUGUUUCUCCCUCUGUUUCUCCCUCUACCACGUCUGAUGGACCUACUGCCUCUGCUGAUCCUAACAAAAAGAAAAGAUCAGCAAGCAAUUCAAUUAUUGAUGCUGUUUUAGAGUCGAGCGAGAGAGCCAAUGCCUUGUCUGAGAAGCGUGCAAGAACGCAUGAACGUGAAGUUGAUGCAAGAAUUGCGAAGGACCUGGCUGACCAACAAUGGCGCCAACGAAUGGAAGAGAGGGAGGAGGCCCGCCUCAUUGCCAGGGAGGAAGCUGAUAGGGCUCAAAAAGCCCAUGAACGUAGACAGGCUGCAAUGGCAAAUCUUGGUCUUCUUAUUACUCAUAAGUUGAUAACGAAGGAGGAGUACUUCGCUGAAGUAAAUAAAUUGGAUUAG